CCUGUACCAUGGUUUCAUAUCAACCCCAUAUCCAGGAGCCCCUUUGCGGGCGAGAACCCCCAUUAUCUAGUUUACUUAUGUCUGGACUCUGUCUCUUUACAGUACCUGGCUUUCGACUAGGCAACAUUCGGAGCUUUAUGUUAUCAAUGUCCUGACGCCAGUGAGUAUGAAGAGCUUCCCGGGCAUAGCUCUUCUGUUCGGCCUGCCCUUCUGUCUUGCCAAGACCGAACCAAAGUCGGAGCCUGCCUCUGUGGAUGCGGAUGUCGAUUGGUAUGGGAAUGAUGGAACUUGGAGUGCUGUGAACAUCUGGGUCGGAUCACAAUUGAAAACAGUCUCUCUUUUCCCAAGUACCGUGGAUAAAAAGACAUGGAUCGUUGGAGGAAGUGGCUGCGAGAACUCUUCACUAGCGGACUGCUCCAAAAGGCGAGGUGGGCUUUUUAAUACCAGCGAGUCGACUACAUGGAAACGUCAAAGUUCAGGUCCCGGUUCGAGGGAUCCUACAACCGAAACAUACGAUGGGAAUGAGACUAUUUAUGUGGAUUUUCGACCGGCCACCGAACAGACGAUUGGAAUUAUAAAUGAUACAGACACAUGGAUCGGGUUGCUAGGACUGGGCAUACACCAAAGUGACCAUAUGGACAAUUUUUGCGUAAAUGUCAUGGAAACCGCAUUUAUAAAUGACAGCUUUGCUCCCAGUGGUAGCUAUGGCUACACUGCUGGGGCUCACUACCGGCUGAAAGGUACACCAGCAUCUCUAACUAUUGGGGGUGUGGAUCGAGCGCGCUUCUACGACAAUAAGGCGGCAUUCCACCUCAACCGAAACGGAGUUCCGGUUGUCUCACUUAAUACCAUAUCGAUUUCAUCUGGAAUGGUGGACGAUGAUGCAACUCAUAUAGACGAUCAUAUAAUCCCAUCACAUCCCGGAGGUAGCACCUAUUUCACACUCGACUCCUCGACGAGUUACCUUUGGCUGCCCAGCGACGCCUUUGAUGCCUUUGGCGCCGCCCUCAACCUGACCUAUGACGAUAGCUUAGGCUUUUAUACUUACGGGAAUGAUACAUCACUCCGCGAACGACUCCUUGCCAUGAACAUUUCAAUCACACUUUCAAUCUCCGACCUCCCAGACUCUUCGCAAAGCGUCAAUAUAACCAUGCCCUUCCAGGCCUUCGACCACUCCCUCACCUAUCCAUAUCCAAAUCUCCCUUCCAAAUACUCCGAUACCCCACUCCCCUACCUCCCGGUCAGACGAGCCAAUACGAACGAUGAACAGCGUAUGGGCCGAGUUUUCUUCCAAGAAGCAUAUCUAGCUGUCGAUUACGAAAGGCAACACUUUUCACUGUACCAAGCCAAAUUCGGCACCAACCUAGUGUCAUCCGAUUCCGAUACAGAUAUCGUCCCCAUCGACUCCUAUUUGGACACGAAAUACGAAGACUUACUAUCCGAUAAGUCCGGACUAUCGACGGCAGCAAAAGCCGGAAUAGGAGUUGGCACUGGAACUGGAGCCAUUGUGAUCAUUGCAGGCGCAUACAUAUUCAUAAGGAAGCGCCGGACUGUGAGCUCCGAAAAAGGCCUUCAACUGUCGGACAACGGCAGCAAUUCGGACUCUGAGUGUCACAGUACACCAAGAGAGCUUGAUGGUACUCGGGAGCGCCACCCUGAAUUACCUUCGGACUCUUCUUGUGCUAUAUAUGAGCUUCCGGGGUCUGGGAUAGCGGAACUAGAGGCUGGGCCGUCUUCCUUAGGAGGUAGGAAUUGUGCUCCUACAAGAGAUGAGAAAAGACAUUGUUCUCGACAUUCGGAAACAAGAUCGAGUAUUGCUGCUUCGUUGGCCUCGAGGAUGACUACGGAGAGCUCUGAUGAUGAAGAUAACGUGCCAUCGCAGAAGGGUCACCGUGCGAGCUCUGAUCCGAGCCCACCUAAAUAUACACCAUGACAUACAUCCACACGUC